GUCAGUUGUAGAAAAAAAAACUAGCGGACGUCAUUUCGAUCACUUGUCAAAAUUGGGGCUAAAAAAAUCUGAAAAAUAAAAGACGCGUUUGCUCAUCUCAAAAUCUUUAAAAUGAGCGACGUGGACAAGUGGAUAGAGAUUGCGAAGAGGUGUAAAUAUCUCCCUGAAGAUGACUUGCGAGAGCUGUGCAAUAUCGUGUGUGACUUGUUGUUGGAGGAGCCUAAUGUUCAACCGGUACAAACGCCCGUUACUGUUUGUGGAGACAUUCACGGUCAGUUUUAUGACUUGGAAGCACUCUUCGACAUAGGCGGGCAAGUGCCGCAUACAAAAUACAUCUUUAUGGGAGACUAUGUGGACCGUGGCUAUUAUAGUUUGGAAACAUUAACUUUGCUUAUGGCAUUGAAAGCUAGGUAUCCUGACAGAAUCAUAUUACUAAGAGGAAAUCAUGAAACAUGCCAAAUCACAAAAGUAUAUGGAUUUUAUGAUGAGUGUCUGAACAAAUAUGGUAAUGCAAAUGCAUGGAAAGACUGUUGUAGGGUGUUUGAUCUACUUACGGUUGCAGCGUUAAUAGAUGAAACAGUCCUCUGUGUCCAUGGUGGGUUAUCACCGGAGAUAUCCAUGUUAGAUCAAAUAAGAUGUAUUGACAGAAAUCAACAAAUUCCACAUAAAGGUGCCUUCUGCGAUCUACUGUGGUCUGAUCCUGCUGAUGUUAAGAUGUGGUCUGUCAGCCCUAGGGGUGCGGGGUGGCUGUUCGGUGCAUAUGUGACCGAGCUGUUUAUGAAUUACAACGACUUGAAUUUAAUAUGCCGAGCACAUCAACUUGUACAUGAAGGUUACAAAUACAUGUUCGACAAGCGGCUAGUGACAGUGUGGUCAGCCCCGAACUAUUGUUACCGCUGCGGCAACGUCGCUUCGAUAAUGGAGUUUCAGACUGUCAACGAUAGGAAUGCGAAGCUGUUCCAAGCCGUGCCCAAUAGUGAGAGAGAAGUACCUCCACAACACACCACGCCCUACUUCCUAUGAGCUCAACACAAGUGAUAUCAAGUAUUCCCAAGUGUAAUUAUACGUUUUUAUUUUAAGUAUAAAUAUAUUGUUGCAUAUUGUACAGUGUA